AUGGUUUCUAGCCUGCUUCCAAACCCCACCUCGGCUGAGUGUUGGGCGGCCCUCCUACACGAUCCUAUGACUCUUGAUAUGGACGCAGUCCUGUCAGACUUUGUUCGGUCCACGGGGGCAGAACCUGGUCUGGCCAGAGACCUGCUGGAAGGCAAAAACUGGGACCUCACGGCCGCUCUGAGUGACUAUGAGCAGCUCCGACAGGUGCACACAGCCAAUCUUCCACCUGUGUUCAACGAGGGCAGGUGCCCCAAACAGCCUGAGCGAGAGCCACCCCCGCCCGGGCACACAGCCGAGCGGCCCUGCCUGCCCAGGCAGGACGACAUCGCCCAAGAGAAGCGGCUCUCGCGGGGGAUCUCCCACGCCAGCUCGGCCAUCGUGUCCUUGGCGCGGUCCCACGUGGCGAGUGAGUGCAGCAGCGAGCAGUUCCCGCUGGAGAUGCCCAUCUACACGUUCCAGCUUCCGGACCUGAGUGUGUACAGCGAGGACUUCCGGAGCUUCGUGGAACGGGACUUGAUCGAACAGGCGACCAUGGUGGCCCUGGAGCAGGCGGGUCGCCUGAAUUGGUGGUCCACCGUGUGCACGAGCUGUAAACGGCUUCUUCCUUUGGCCACGACAGGGGACGGGAACUGCCUUUUACAUGCUGCCUCACUGGGAAUGUGGGGGUUUCACGACCGGGACCUGGUUUUGCGGAAAGCUCUCUACACCAUGAUGAGGACGGGGGCCGAGAGGGAGGCCCUGAAGCGAAGGUGGAGGUGGCAGCAGACGCAGCAGAACAAGGAGUCAGGGCUGGUGUACACGGAGGAGGAGUGGGAGCGGGAAUGGACGGAGCUGCUGAAGCUGGCCUCCAGCGAGCCACGCACACACUUCAGCAAGAAUGGCGGCUCGGGUGGGGGCAUGGACAAUGCCGAAGACCCUGUGUACGAGAGUCUGGAGGAGUUCCACGUUUUCGUCCUUGCCCACAUAUUAAGGCGACCCAUCGUCGUCGUAGCGGAUACGAUGCUGAGGGACUCAGGUGGGGAAGCAUUCGCUCCAAUCCCCUUCGGAGGGAUUUACCUGCCUUUGGAGGUACCUCCCAACAGAUGCCACUGCUCACCUCUGGUUCUGGCCUACGACCAAGCUCAUUUCUCUGCCCUUGUGUCCAUGGAGCAGAGAGACCAGCAGAGAGAACAAGCCGUGAUCCCCCUGACGGAUUCGGAGCACAAGUUGCUGCCUCUGCACUUUGCGGUGGACCCAGGGAAGGACUGGGAGUGGGGGAAAGACGACAAUGAUAAUGCCCGGCUGGCCCACCUGAUCCUGUCGCUGGAAGCCAAGUUAAACCUUCUGCACAGCUACAUGAAUGUGACAUGGAUCCGGAUCCCCUCGGAGACCAGGGCCCCUCUGGCGCAGCCGGAGUCCCCGACGGCCUCCGCGGGGGAAGACGUGCAGUCCCUGGCCGACUCGCUGGACUCGGACCGAGACUCCGUGUGCAGCAAUUCCAACAGCAAUAACGGCAAGAACGGCAAGGAGAAGGAGAAGGAGAAGCAGCGCAAGGACAAGGACAAGACCCGCGCGGACUCUGUGGCCAACAAGCUGGGCAGCUUCAGCAAGACACUGGGCAUCAAGCUGAAGAAGAACAUGGGCGGCCUGGGCGGCCUGGUGCACGGCAAGAUGAGCCGCGCCAACUCCGCCAACGGCAAGCACGGCGACGCGCCCGAGCGUGGCAAGGAGAAGAAGGCCAAGGCGCGCAAGGGCAGCAAGGAGGAGUCGGGCGCCUCGGCCAGUACGUCGCCCUCGGAGAAGACCACGCCGUCGCCCACGGACAAGGCGGCGGGCGCGUCGCCGGCCGACAAGGGCGGCGGGCCCCGCGGCGACGCCUGGAAGUACAGCACAGACGUGAAGCUGAGCCUCAACAUCCUGCGCGCCGCCAUGCAGGGCGAGCGCAAGUUCAUCUUCGCCGGCCUGCUGCUCACCAGCCACCGGCACCAGUUCCACGAGGAGAUGAUCGGUUACUACCUGACCAGCGCGCAGGAGCGCUUCAGCGCCGAGCAGGAGCAGCGGCGCCGCGACGCCGCCGCCGCCGCCGCCGCUGCCGCCGCCGCCGCCGCCGCCGCCUCCACAGCCAAGCGGCCGCAGCGCAGGCCGGAGGCCGAGGGCGCGCCCGGCCCCGAGCGCGCCUCGCCAGGCCUGCCGGCCGGGCAGCCCACACAGCUGGUGCUCAAGCUCAAGGAGCGCCCGAGCCCCGGUCCCGGAACCGGCUCCCGGGCGGCACGGGCGGCGGCAGGCGGUUCGGCUUCCCCAGUCCCCGGCGGCAGCGCGCGGCGCGCGGGCGCCAGCGGACCGGUCCCCGGCCGCAGCCCCCCGGCGCCGGGGCGCCAGAGCGUCAUUCACGUGCAGGCGGCGGGCGCGCGGGACGAGCCGUGUGUCCCAGCUGUGGGCGCACUGCGGCCGUGCGCCACGUACCCGCAGCAGAACCGCUCGCUGUCAUCACAGAGCUACAGUCCGGCGCGCGCCGCCGCCUUGCGCACAGUCAACACGGUAGAGUCGCUGGCGCGCGCUGUCCCAGGAGCCCUGCCCGGGGCGGCGGGCGCGUCCGAGCCCAAGUCGCAGACCUACACCAACGGCUUCGGCGCGGCGCGCGACGGCCUGGAGUUCGCCGACGCCGACGCGCCGGCCGCGCGCUCGAACGGUGAGGGCGGCCGGGGCGGCCCGGGUGCGGGCCCCGUGCAGAGGCGCUGCCAGCGCGAGAACUGCGCGUUCUACGGGCGCGCCGAGACCGAGCACUACUGCUCGUACUGCUACCGCGAGGAGCUGCGGCGGCGGCGCGAGGCGCGCGCGGUCCGGCCCUGA